CUAAACCAAAUUUCUGUAGAUCCUUCUCUUUGUGUUCGCUGCUUAAUUAUUAGUUUUCUUAAUUAGCUUACUUAAAUUUGUGCAAUGGCCUCAAGCUCAACAUGGACUACUAAGCAAAACAAGCUGUUCGAGAAUGCUUUGGCCAUUUAUGACAAGGACACCCCCGACCGCUGGCAAAAUCUUGCCAGGGCCGUGGGUGGCAAAACUGUGGAUGAAGUGAAAAGGCAUUAUGAGAUGCUUGUGGAAGAUGUUAAGCAGAUUGAGGCUGGCCAAAUACCUUUGCCCAAUUAUAAGAAAGCUGGAGGGAGCAACAAGGGAUAUAAUUUCAUGGAUGAAGAACAAAGGCUGAAGGGUCUUAGACUCGGUGAAGCAUGAAACUAUAGCAGAAUCCAUGGAAUAAAGAUCCAUCAACAAAAAUCAAACGUGAUUUGCUAUAUAGAUCUCCUUCUUGCUUUCUCUUUCGUUCGUCGUGAUAAUUAUAAUGUAACAUAUUUCCUUUCUGCAAUUUCAUUUGUACCGCCGAGGAGGAGUCAUUGACUAAUGAUUCCAACUUCCUCCUUUGUAGUUUGUAUGCUCUUUAAUCAUCUGUGCAAUAGCUUAUUAUAGUAGUUAGUAG